GCUAUAAUACUUUUUACCUAUUGACAAUAAUUAUCUUUUGUGUGAUAUUAUCAUCUAUACAUGAAACAUGGGGAUUGUACAAUCUUUAAUCAUGGCUUUGACUUUUUGUGUGGAAAGAAUCUUGACAUGGAUUUGCUGCGCUUUCGUCCUAAUAGCGCUAAUAUUCGCACUACUCAUGCUGAUGGUGUAUGGCAUCUCAGUAGGCUAUCACUACGCACAGAAAGAACUAACUGAUUUUGCCUACUUCACGAGAGCCGAACCAGGGGAGCAAUACCAUUUGCGAACCGGACGAAAAGAAAACGAAAACAUGCCCGAAUCCGCCAACAUAACUAACGAAGACGACGGUAACUCAUACGAGCCACGACCAGUGUAUGAAGCUUACCAGAACCAAAAUCGUGAACAGCAAGCUUACAGGCAACCACAAGAAACGCCAAUCGUCCUCAUAGCAACUGAAAGGUCUCGGAAAGACCAUGAAUCAGCACCUCAUGAGCGUGCUUUGGCGCGCAAAGUCAUAGGUCGCUUUCGUCGCUCCCGCAAUAAUAUACGGAGACCGACACGACAUUUUCCUAAGGCAUUGAAGUAUUCAAAUAGCACCAUCUCACGUGGCAAAACAAUGGCAUUUAGAUGAAAUACCCGAACCUUCCACUGUGUCUUGAUUUGUAUUUGGAUAUGAGGAUACUUAACUAAGGUACGAGUACCGACGAAAAUAACUACAUAGCGUAGGUACCUAAACUUAGGCAGUAUCCACAUACCUACAUAAGU